UCGAAAAUGCUAUUAGUUUUGUACCGCGUGAAGAAAAAUGAAUGACUACAAUGCAAGCAAGAAUGCACUCAAAAAUCUACGCAAAAAGAACAACAAGAAGAACAUAGAAGAACACCAAGGAAAGCAGCAAGACGAACUGUCACUGCAGGAUCUCCCGACUGAGAUUUUCCUGCAUGUAUGCUCCUUCGUGGAUGCGGGGACUUUGGCACACGGUUUGAGCCUGGUGUGCAAAAAGUUCCAUCAAAUUUUAAAAGAUAACUUCAUUUGGAAGAAUCGAAUUAUCCGUACGGAAAAUUCUGAAAUGCAGGGCAGAAUAAAAAAAUUAAACACACAUCCGAAAUAAACGAAACUUUGUGAGUG